ACUGGCUGGGAAAGGGAUGCGGUGGGGCGCGUCGCCUGGCCCCCCGCGGGGACAGCAUGACCCGGCGCGAUCGGCUCAUGAAGGGGAGACCCCAGAGGCAGCCUGAAGCCGGGAGAGGCUCCCGGGCGGGUUACAUUCUCACUCGACCAACCCUUGUCCUUAUGCUGGAAAGGGGGGAGCAGCCCUGCAUGAGUGACAGCAAGACCGGCGUGGCCAGCAGCAUUGUGGACUCGCAGGCCUUGAAGGAGAACGCCAAGUCGCCUCCGCCCACCACGCUGUCUUCCCCACCCACCACGGAGGCCCCCAAGCCAGCCCGCCCCCGCCGCCCCCGGCCGCCCGCCAUACUGCCCUCGGAUCGCCCCUACCAGUGCAAAGACUGCGGCAAGCGCUUCGUGUACCGCUCCAAACUGGCCACGCACCAAUGGACCCACUGUGCCGAGCGCCCCUACAAAUGCCCCGACUGCCCCAAGAGCUUCAGCUACCCGUCCAAGCUGGCGGCCCACCGCCGCACGCACACCGGCGAGCGCCCGUACCCCUGCCCGCUCUGCCCCAAGCGCUUCGGACACCGCUCCAAGCUGGCGGCCCACCAGUGGAUCCACACGCCCGAGCGCCCCUACAAGUGCGCCGACUGCCCCAAGAGCUUCUGCUACCCGUCCAAGCUGGCCGCCCACCGCCGCACGCACACCGGGCAGCGCCCGUACCCCUGCACCCGCUGCGGCAAGAGCUUCUGCUACCCGUCCAAGCUGGCCGCCCACCAGCAGAUCCACGCGGCGGCCGCGGCGGGCCGCCCCUACCCGUGUAUGCGCUGCAGCAAAAGCUUCCGGCAGCUGCGCAACCUCACGCUGCACCAGCGGGUGCAUGAGGACGGGGACGUGGGGGACGACCUCUCCCAGGCCAAGGGCCACAGCAACGGAGAGAGGCCCUAGGGCAGCGCACCGAGUCCGGACAAGGUGGGGCUGGGGGAAGGAGCGGAGGAAUGUGGGUAACUUGGUGCAGCAGUGGGGUUGUUGUAUAUAACUGAGUGUGACCAGGGAGGGAUUGUGGGGUUCGCCACGGUGUGGGUGGUCUGGCUGCCGUUCCCCCUCCCCACCCCACAGUGCCAAGUGGCCCCCUCCCCCAGGCAAAACUGUGUAUAUGCUGUUGAAGAACAAUCCACAGCGCCUGCUAAGGAACCGCUGGUGCUGUGCCGAGACGGCCGAUUCCGCAACCUGAAUGAAUUACGCAGAUUUGGGCAUCUGUGCUGCGUAUUUUGCUUAAGUAAUCUUUCUGGCUUAAGCAAGCACCACGGUCUUCGGCCUCAUGGUUCCUCUGUUCUAAUCCUGCAGAAAGCAAAAAAUUCCUCAUAUAUACAAAGCUGGCCUAAAUUCACAGAAAAUGAAGGCAUACGCACAAUCUUUUCAUAGUGCUGGUGGGAGAGGACUUUGCUGUCGCUUUGCUGGUGCUGUCGCUCAGCUGGCACAUGCCUGCAUUGGUAUGCAGAACACGCCAUCUUAAACAUGGGGGUUGACACAUGAUGGCAGCCACGGGACACGCCUGGUGGCUUAUCUAGUAAAAGUCUCUAGUCCUCAGGAAGGCAAGACAAGCCUGAAAAUGUGCUCAUGAGGUCUAAUUUAUUCAGGUUGCCCUGAUCUUGCAUUCCUUGUCAUAGAACCGGACCCUGAGGCAGCACCUGCUGUAAGCCAACUCCAGAUGCAGGAUUCCCUUUGCAUCAGAAGAUGCCUCCAGCCAGUUCACUGCUUCCUGUAUGACUUUCACGUUCCGACUGGCGGGUGCAUCUACACAUCUGGGGAACGCAGCUUUGUGGGGCAGUCCAGAUUGUGCUUUUCACCACUUGAUAUACACAAUUUGACAGCCUGGUCCCAAGUCCCUCCUGUGAUGGUUUUGCCACCUAGUUUUCUAUCACGUGCCCCCACUCUGGUUUGGGGUGAUUAUGUCUUUUCUUGGUUGAAAUGUUUGACUUCUAUAUUAGCACAUUGUGUUCUUUGCCCAUUUUCUGGAUGCAAGUCUGUCUUCCACCAUGAUCCAUAGACCAAUUAGUUAUACACACACCUUCCCUUUAUUCUUUGAAACUCGCCAGUGCGUCUUUCUCCUGGGUCCCUUCCCCACAACUCAGCACAGAUCAGUUCCUUAACCUUCAGGGCAGGCGUGUUGCGAAGGGGCAGUGAGGUCGGGUUUCUUUCGGUGGAGGGAGGGGUUUGCUUGGUCCAUGAUUUGUUCAUAGUUACUUUAGAAAGGGCAGGGGGCUCCAGUGGGAGUCUGCAGCUUAACCUACCCUUCCCCCUCGGAAAAGUUAAUAAAACAUAAAAGCAGAGUCAGUUUUAAAGCUGAAGCACAUGAGAAAUGCUGACUUUUCAGACAGUCUAGCAUCAGCUAGGUAGAACCCCUAUAUAUUAUUAAGCAGUCUAUUUCUGCUUAUCAGGCAAUGGAGAAGAAAAAGCAGCAGUUGAUAUCACCUUGCAAAGCAUUUUGUUGGUGCAAACCAAAAGCUGAACUCGUUAGACCUCGAUCAGAUCUAAUAAAGCAGUUCUAAACUA